AUGGCUACAAAAAGUGGUAGCCAUGGCGUAUUUACAGCUUCAUUCUUUAACCAUCCAACCCAAAUUUCAACGCUUCCCGUAAGCAAAAAUCGUAGCGUUUCCCUGAAUCUAUCAACCUCGUCUGCAUCUAAUUUUGAACAGUUCAAUCGAAAUAAAGACUCGAAUCGUGCUGCCUAUCCCGAGUUGGCAUCUACUGUCAAUACACCAUUUACUGAAAGUUUGAAUUACCUCCCAAAUACUUUCAAGCAUAUCCAAAAGAACGAUGCUCAAAGUUGUAAUACUGCCACGGUAGAUAUCAAUAGUGCUAGCAUUUCCUCACCAAACACCAGCUCAUCGUUUCCUCAAAUAGAUUCGUCUGUAGAUACUUCUAUUCAAGUAAAUCAGCUUGAUUCUGUACAGCACACUUCACACUUGUCUUUGAACAUGCCACUUCAAAAUGCUACUCAAUCUGAUAUCAAUAAUAGCUCGAUAUUUUCAUUCCAGAGUAAUUGUUUAAAUCAUGAAAUCAUAUGCGAUAUAGCGGCAGCCUUGUUCAUCUUGAGAACUACUCUUAUUUUUCAAGCAGAUUCGUCAGGAGUAUCUUUGACCACUCUACGCAACUUCUUGCUCGGGUUUGUGCCAUUCGAGUUAUUUGUCUAUCAAUCUAUGCAGCUGCAUCAUGAAUACCUUUCUAAAGGCGGCAUAGGAGAAUUCGCAUUUACCACCAUGAUACUGAUGUGUAUGUUUGGGAUGGGUUGGACUGUUCCAUCGCUGUUUGCUUUGAACAGAGACUCUCCUAUUGCAUUUUUAAUCAUGCUUGUGUGCGGAAAGUUUAUUUUUUCAGUGACGAAAAUUCUGCUUUCCGUGCUGGGUUCAAGUCAGCCCAUGAUUUUGGCCAUUAAAAGUAUAUUGGACUUGUUGCCUGUUGGGUUUUGGAUAGCUGCCGUUUGGGUUGUACCUAUUGAUCGAUACAUGAUGUUUCUGAUCUUGGGUGUGUGUACAGAUGUUGCAAGUUGUGUUGUAAUGGAUGGAUUGGAUAUAUGGAGUGUAAGCUUACCUCGUUGUACAACACGAAUGGCGGCCGACCGGGAUUUAACUGCAGUAUCAAAUCAACGUCAUGCAGCAAUGGAUGGAAAAAUUCAAUCGCAGAAGCAAUUGGCUGCAAAAGGCAUUGUGUAUACAACGGCUUUGAUUAUUGUUGGGACAACAUACAUGUUUCCCUAUCGCUUGGGGACAUACUAUCCUGACACGGUGCUCACUAUCAAGUUUAACAUUUUCAAUUUUCUUGUCGGAUCGUCUGGAUUAAUCAUUCUAUUCUCAUUACAUGCCAUGCAUGUCAUUUCCUGUGACUGGAAAACCCCAUAUGUGUUCAAUUUUUCAAAAGUCAUUGCAUCCAAGUCUUUAUUCAGUGGAAAAAAAGCAUCGUUUAAUUCUAUAUUAAGAUCUACCUCAACAAUGAACAACUAUGAGCCUACUCAAAACAAUCGAUCAGCAUCCAAUAGUAUUCAAAAUAACUCAGCAGUCUCGAGAUCAAAUUUGAAUGGUAUACACGGUUUCAAAUCUCAAUUCAUGGAGUUGCUAAACGACACUCGACGGUAUUAUACAUCUCUGAUUCUCACAAAGUGUUUGCAUUGGUUUCAUAUGACAUUUCACAUCAUUCUUGUUGUCUUUAUUGCGGCAAUUCAACUUCAACUCACGUCCAUGUACAAACAGUUUAUGGGUGCGCCUGUGAAUGCACCAAGAUUCCCUGUUGACAUGUCAAUAUCCAACGAUUUUGCUGGAUUGACGACUCAAUUCAACGCUACUGGUGUAGACUAUCUUGAUAUGAUGAUUGCAUUCAAUUCAAACUCGACACUGGGUUUAAAAACAUCGCGACUUGCAAGUUUACCAUCAUGGACACCUAUUUCUGUCACUCUAGUUUGUGCUGGAUUGUGUGUCAUCAUUAUAGCAUGUGUUGGGGUUUUGCUAACGUGGUUGGCAGCACUGGAUAAUCGUCUUUUACAUUCGACUGUUGUUGUAUGGGGUCGAGUGUGGCAUAGUGUUGGACGACUAAGUGUAUUUAGAAUUACUGUUGGUAUUUUGAUUGUAGUUUAUGGAAUUGUGGAAGCAACGUGUCAACCAAGCGGUAUAGAUGCAUGUCUGUUUUUUGGGUUGGCUGGAAUUGUUGGACUGAUGAGUAUUUUCGAAGAGAUUCGAAAGCAAAUUUCCAUCAAAAACGUAUAG